CGCCCCUACCGCGGCCUUUGCCUGCAGGCCGGCCUCGGAGCAGGUGUCCGUUUCCUAGGCUUCGCCAUGCUCUGCCUGGGUGCGCAGCGGCUGCGGGGCCUCCCACUGCGGGGCUUACCACUGUCCCGCUGCCCCGGCCAUCCUCGCUCCGUCAGCGGCCUGGAAGGAAAGGACAACCCAGCCUCAUCUGCAGAAACAAGAUGGAAAGAGAGAGCAGAGACAGUGAUCAUCGGAGGUGGUUGCAUUGGUGUGAGUCUGGCUUAUCACCUGGCUAAAGCGGGGAUGAAAGAUGUGGUCCUACUGGAGAAAUCGGAGCUCACUGCUGGAUCUACCUGGCAUGCAGCAGGCUUAACAACCUACUUUCAUCCUGGAAUAAACUUGAAGAAAAUACACUAUGAUAGUAUCAAGCUUUAUGAGAAACUGGAAGAAGAAACUGGACAGGUGGUGGGAUUCCAUCAGCCAGGUAGUAUCAGACUUGCUACAACUCCUGUAAGAGUGGAUGAAUUUAAAUAUCAAAUGACUCGGACUCGCUGGCAUGCAACGGAACAGUAUAUUAUUGAACCUGAAAAAAUUCAAGAGAUGUUCCCUUUACUCAACAUGAGUAAGAUUUUAGCUGGACUGUAUAAUCCUGGAGAUGGUCAUAUUGAUCCUUAUUCUCUAACUAUGGCCCUGGCUGCUGGGGCCAGGAAAUAUGGAGCCCUUUUAAAAUACCCAGCACCAGUGAUUUCUCUGAAAGCCAGGUCGGAUGGAACAUGGGAUGUUGAAACACCGCAGGGAUUGAUGAGAGCAAACAGAAUUGUGAAUGCUGCAGGAUUUUGGGCUCGUGAAGUAGGUAAAAUGGCUGGACUGGAACAUCCUCUCAUUCCGGUUCAGCAUCAGUAUGUUGUAACUUCGACUAUCCCUGAAGUAAAAGCUUUGACACGAGAACUCCCUGUGCUCCGCGACCUGGAAGGGUCUUACUACCUCCGACAGGAAAGGGAUGGGCUCUUGUUUGGUCCCUAUGAAAGUCAGGAGAAAAUGAAACUUCAGGAUUCGUGGGUUGCCAAUGGAGUCCCUCCAGGGUUUGGAAAGGAGCUCUUUGAGUCUGAUCUAGACCGAAUCAUGGAACACGUCGAGGCUGCCAUGGAAAUGGUUCCAGUCUUGAAAAAGGCCCACAUCAUCAAUGUCGUCAAUGGGCCUAUCACCUAUUCUCCUGACAUUCUGCCGAUGGUGGGUCCCCACCAGGGGGUCAGAAACUACUGGGUAGCUAUAGGCUUUGGAUACGGCAUAAUUCAUGCUGGUGGGGUAGGGAAGUAUCUCAGUGACUGGAUCCUGCAUGGAGAGCCUCCUUUUGAUCUGAUAGAACUGGAUCCCAAUCGCUACGGCAAAUGGACAACCACUCAGUACACUGAGGCCAAAGCAAGAGAGUCAUAUGGAUUCAACAAUAUUGUUGGGUACCCUAAAGAAGAACGAUUUGCUGGGAGGCCGACUCAGCGAGUCAGUGGGCUUUAUAAAACCCUGGAGUCGAAAUGUUCCAUGGGGUUCCACGCAGGCUGGGAACAGCCACACUGGUUUUACAAGCCGGGCCAGGACACCGCGUACAGGCCAAGUUUUCGCCGCACAAACUGGUUUGAGCCUGUGGGCUCUGAGUAUCAACAAGUUAUGCAAAGAGUAGGGGUGAUUGACCUGUCGCCGUUUGGCAAGUUUGACAUCAAAGGCCAGGAUUCUAUCAGACUGUUGGACCAUCUCUUUGCGAAUGUCAUUCCAAAGGUGGGUUUUACAAAUAUAAGUCACAUGUUAACCCCAAAAGGCCGAGUGUACGCUGAAUUGACUGUUUCUCACCAGUCUCCUGGGGAAUUUCUGUUAAUAACUGGUUCUGGAUCAGAACUUCAUGAUCUUAGUGUUCAGGUGAGAAAACUGCGGUUUGGAUCACAGAAUGUGCUGAAGCCAGUCUUUCUGACUCUGACGCUCACAGUCGGUAACCUUCCCCCUUGUUCGUGCUUCGUGCUCUCUGCUCGCAGCUGGAUCCAAACCGUCGACCUGCCCAGUCGAUCCUUCGCAUCAAUCUUCAGUCUGCUGUUUAGUCUACUAUGGAUUGAAGAAGAGGCAGCCAAAGGUGGAUACAACGUUGAAAUUAAAAAUAUAACCGAUGAGCUUGGAGUUCUUGGAGUUGCAGGGCCACAUGCAAGAAAGGUCCUUCAGAAGCUGACCUCUGAAGAUCUUAGUGAUGACGUUUUCAAGUUUCUUCAAACCAAAUCUUUAAAGAUUUCCAACAUUCCUGUCACUGCUAUUAGGAUAUCUUACACUGGUGAGCUGGGUUGGGAGCUGUACCACAGGCGAGAAGAUUCUGCAGCACUGUAUAGCAUCAUCAUGGAUGCAGGCCAGGAGGAGGGAAUUGACAAUUUUGGAACAUAUGCCAUGAAUGCCUUAAGGCUGGAGAAAGCUUUCAGAGCCUGGGGAUCAGAGAUGAACUGUGAUACAAAUCCCUUGGAAGCUGGCCUGGAAUAUUUUGUAAAGCUAAAUAAGCCAGCAGACUUUAUAGGAAAGCAAGCACUGAAACAGAUUAAAGCCAAGGGGUUGAAACGGAGACUGGUCUGCCUCACCUUGGCAACGGACGAUGUUGAUCCGGAGGGAAAUGAGAGCAUCUGGCACAAUGGCAAGGUGGUUGGCAACACGACCUCUGGGAGCUACAGUUACAGCAUCCAGAAGAGUCUGGCUUUUGCAUACGUCCCUGUAGAGCUGAGCAAGGUAGGACAACAAGUGGAAGUUGAACUAUUAGGCAAGCAUUACCCAGCAGUCAUCAUACAAGAACCCUUGGUACUGACGGAACCAACCAGAAACCGGCUUCAGAAAAAAAGUGGAAAGGACAAAAUUUGAAAAAGAUAUUCAGCAGUCAAAUGAAUUAUGUGUGCAAAAUUAUCAUUGAUUUGCAGGGGAACAAGGAAAACCAAGGACUUAUUUCAAAAUCAUCAAAAUCUAGAUUUAGAAUCUUAAAACCUGUCUCCUCUUCUCUUUGGUAGAUAGCAUAAUGGAUUAGUACUUUACAUUGUUUCAGAUGAAGAAAUUAGAAAUGAAUGCUUUUAGUACCCUGUACUGUUGCUUAUAAAAUUCAAUCAGUAAAACAUUUGUUUGCUAAUAUACAAUCAUUAUUGCAAUAGAAUUAGAGGACAUUAUAUAAUUUCAUUUUAUUUUUAAAGACAUUAAAUAAUUUUAGAAACAUAUGCAUAUGGUUUUUAUUACCUGAAAACCAAUUAAUAUAUUAUGUUUUACAUAAAAACAAAUGCAAUACUGUUAAUGGAUUCACUGCAUUGAGAAACAUCUUCUUAGUUGAUGAAGAAUAGGCUUGAUAAAGUAUAGGCUUUUUAUAAUAUAUCUUUGAUAAAAAUAGUAAAAUUUAAUGUUGAUAUAUUUUAUUCAGUUCUCUGAAAUAUUUAUUUUCUUGAUGACCUCUCUGAAAACAGCUUUAUGGGACAUUAUUAUUGUCUUUUCAAAGGUUGUUUUAGAAGAGAACUUACAAAAAAACAAAAACGGUCUUUCAAAGGAAGCAAUACUUGUAAACCUUCUGAAAUGAAGCUGAAAUAGGAAUAGAUUGUGCCAGUACAGACACAGUUUGAAUACUGAACACCUCUCUGUGGGGAGAAUUAAUGCAAGUUGACAUCACGCUGUGCCGUUCUGAAUAUCAUUUCACAAAGCACUUCACAAAACAGCUCAAACAAGAGCUUAAGAGCUAACAGGACUGCCCUUAGUGCUGCGUGCAGCAAGAAAAAAAUCCAUUUAGGAGUAAUUCUUUGAUAUACUUCUUGAAAUUAUUUGGGUUUAGUUGACUGAGUAAAUCACAUUUUUGGUAAAAGGUAAUUUAUCAUUUAUAAUUUAUUAUAUACUUGUUAAACAUUUAUUGAAUUUCUCCUAGGUAUUAAAGAAAGAUGAAUGUGAAACAUGAGAAGAUUCUGUAAUGAAAAUAGAUUUUCAAAUAAUUUCUUGCAAGUUUUGAAAAAGUGUCUAAUUUGUAUUUUAAAUGUUUCAUUAAAGUAAUUCUAUAUUAGAACACUUCAA